AGAAACACAACAGGAAGUAGUUCAUGAAGUUGUCAGUAUGAAGCGAGCUCUGUCGUCUCUGGAGUUUCUCCUCUCCAUCGUGUCUUUACUUCUUCUCACCUGUUGUGUCGGACUGAUUGUAGUUUCAUGGAUCAGCCUGGAGACUGAAGGUGAACCAACAGUGCUCAGCGGUCGGAUGUCGAUCAUAGAAGGAGCUGUUUUCUCUGAAGAGCUGAAGAACUCCAGCAGUCUGCAGUUUAAAUCUUUGGCUUACGACAUCCAACAGCUGGUAUCGGAGGCGUUCGGUCACAGUGACAUCAGACUGGAGUUCAAGUCGUGUCACGUUUUAUACUUCAGCCGGGGCAGUGUGGUGGUGAACUUUGAUGUUUGGUUCAAUCAGCUGAUCGAUGUGAAGGAGACAGAGCAGCAGCUGGGGGCGGGGCUUCAGGAGGGCGGGGAUAAAGGAUUGGUGAUCGACAGAAACAGCAUUCAUAUCACAGAGAAACAAGACGAGACAGCUGCUCCGACAACUGUCUCACCACCUGCUGCUCCUACAAGCAUUACAACUACAACAGCUGCUCCGACAAGCGUCUCACCUACAACAGUAAAGUGUCCUCCUCACCAGACGUCAUGUGACGAUCGAUCAACGUGUGUUCUGAUCGAUCAGCUCUGUGACGGAGUCCAUGACUGUGAUGAUGACUCUGAUGAAGACGCAGCUCGCUGUGUGACGGCGUGUGACGGACAGUUCGUUCUGAGCGAUCUGAUUGGUUCCUUCAGUUCAUCAGACGUCUCAGAAACGUACAAAAACAACAGCUUUUGUCGCUGGAUCGUCAGAGUCGAUCCAGGGUUUUCUGUUCAGAUCAACUUCCACCAUUUUGAAACAGAAGAAAAUAUCGACGUUCUGAAACUUUAUGAAAACAUCGGCGCAGAGAAAUAUCUGACAGCUGAGCUCUCAGGCUCCGCCCCUCUUGGGACCGUAUGGUUGCUGACCGACCAAUCAACGGUGGAGUUUAUCUCUGAUGACUUUAACAAUCUGUCAGGGUUCAACGCCACCUACAGAGCAGCCAACCUCUCUGACCUCUCCAACGAGGAGAAGCUGACCUGUACCUUUGAGCAGGGCAUGUGUUUCUGGAGGCAGCAGCAGGACUAUGAUGAUGAUGGAGACUGGAUUCGAACCAGCGGCUCCACAUUCCCUCCACUAAGCGGCCCAAGUGUCGACCACACGCUGAGUAAUGGCUCAGGUUUCUACGUGGUCACUCCUCUGAGUCCCGGCCAAUGGCUGAAGAGCUUCAGGAUCCACAGCCUCCCUCUGACUCCUCCCACUCAGCCACUGUGUCUGAGCUUUUGGUACCACAUGUUUGGUGAAGACGUCCACCGUCUCAGAGUCUUUCUGUCUCAACCUGCUAUUUCAGUGGUGUUCCAAAGAGACGGGAACUAUGGAGACAACUGGAACUACGGCCAGGUGACCCUGAACCUGACAAAAGAGACCACGGUGGUGUUUGAAGGGCUGAAGAAAGGAGGGGUGAGGAAUGAUAUCGCUCUGGAUGACAUCACACUGACGUCUGAGCCCUGUGGCUCCGCCCCCCCAGAACCAACCAAUGUGCCUCCUCCAGCAACCCCUCCCCCUAUACCAGCUGACUGUGGAGGACCCUUUGACAUUUGGGAGCCAAACUCCACCUUCAGCUCGCCAAAUUACCCACAAUCCUAUGGAAACGAGGCUCAGUGUGUGUGGACUCUACAUGCAGGUGAGGGUCGAAACAUCCAGCUCCACUUCCUUGACUUUGAUGUCGAAGCGACCUAUGACAUCGUAGAGGUGCGAGAUGGGGCGGGGCCAAACUCCAAUUUACUUGCUGUCCUCACUGGCAGCGCCGGCCCCGCCCACGAGUUGUUCUCAUCGACCAAUCAGAUGACAGUCUGGUUCUUUACGGACGAAUCAGAUCACGGCCGAGGAUUCAGAGCCAACUUCACCUCAGGGAUCAACCUGGGGUCACCAGCUGCGUGCGCAGUCGGUCAGUUCAGGUGUCAGACAGGAAGUUGUAUCGAUGGCAACGGUCUAUGUGACGGCGAGGUCGACUGUCCCGAUGCCUCCGAUGAGGGCGACUGUGUUGUGUUGCAGGUGAACAGUUCCAGCCGUCUUCAGUUUCAACUUGUUUCCUUGCUGCUCACCGUGUGUGCUGACACCUGGAACUCUAACCUGUCUGUUUUCACCUGUCAGUACCUGGGAUACAGGUCGGGGAAAACCACACUGCUGCCGGCUCGGCCACAAGAUUCACCGUUUACAGCCAUCACGCUCACCAGUAACGGGACACUGAAUACCAGUAUCAGUGAAACCUGCGUCAGUGAAGAAGUGAUUUCUCUGAACUGUGACAACCAACCUUGUGGUACUCGUUAUGUCACUAAUGAGACGAAGGAGAUGGACCAAUCAGCAGAGAGGAAACCCGGUGAAGGUGACGUCAGAGUGGUCGGGGGGGUCGACGCUGUGAAGGGGGCGUGGCCAUGGAUAGUCUCUCUGCAGUGGAAGGGGGGUCACGUGUGUGGAGCUUCACUGAUUGAUCGAGACUGGCUGCUGACCGCUGCACAUUGUGUUUACGGGAAGAACGUCCAUCUUGAUUCGUGGUCGGCUGUUUUCGGUCUUCACUCUCAAAGUGACAGAAACUCUUUAGAGGUUCAGACCCGACGAGUCGAUCGGAUCGUCUUCAACAGAAAAUACAACAGACGAACCAAACAGGCCGACAUCGUCAUGAUGCACCUGGAUGAACCAAUCAGCUUCACUCAGCUCAUCCAGCCGCUCUGUUUACCUGCUGAAGGUCAGGACUUCACAGCUGGAACCAGAUGUUUGAUCGCUGGAUGGGGUCGAGACGCUGAGCAAGGUUCUCUCCUAGAUGUUCUCCAGGAGGCUGAGGUUCCUCUGCUGGUUCAGGAUCAGUGUCAGCUUCAGUUACCUGAGUACAACAUCACCUCCAGCAUGCUGUGUGCCGGGUACCUGGAGGGGGGGGUGGACUCCUGUCAGGGCGACUCUGGAGGUCCAUUGAUGUGUCUGGAUAACGGAUACAGGACUCUUAUUGGUCAGUCA